UAAAUAAAUAAACGUAUGCCAAAUGUGGCGUUAGGCCCCUCCAUUAUAAUACAAGCACAUCGCCUUCAAUCCACAAAGAGUAGAACCUUGCACAUUUGCACUCUGUUCCAUUUCCAACUUCCCUUUCCCUUUGCUAUUCUCUUCAGAAAUCUUAAUAACCCCUUGAGCUGCAUUCAGAUAAUACUCGGCCACCAUAACCUUCUCUGGUUUUUCUUGCCUGCUAUGAUGUUACCGCAUCAGAAAAUGGCCAAGACCUUUCUGCUCCUGUGUUUUCUCUUCUUGGCUGCUUUUGGGUUUGUGUUUGGCUAUGACAAGGAGGAGCGAGUUGGAGUAUUUGAGCUCAAGAAAGGUGACAUUUCCUUGAAGGUCUCCAACUGGGGUGCUUCAAUAAUUUCUCUGGUUCUUCCGAUAAGAUCAGGAAAGAUGGGCGAUGUUGUUCUGGGAUAUGAUUCAAUCAAGGAUUACUUUAAUGAUUCAACAUACUUCGGUGCCACAGUUGGUCGUGUUGCUAAUAGAAUUGGAGGGGCUCAGUUCACUCUCAACGGAAUCCAUUACAAAUUGGUUGCAAAUGAAGGAAACAACACACUUCACGGUGGAUCCAGAGGAUUCAGUGAUGUUGUUUGGAAGGUCAGAAGUUACCAAAAAGACGGUCACCAUCCCCAUAUCAUCUUCACUUACAGAAGCUUCGAUGGUGAACAAGGUUUUCCCGGUGACCUCGUAGUCACAGUGAGUUACAAUCUAGUUGGGAAAAACGAGUUGGCUGUAAUCAUGAAAGCAAAAGCUCUGAACAAGCCCACUCCUGUGAACUUAGCCAACCACGCAUACUGGAACCUUGGUGGUCACAACAGUGGUAAUAUUCUGAGCGAGGUGGUUCAGAUCUUCGGAUCCAAGAUCACGCCUGUUAAUUCCCAACUCAUUCCCACCGGAAAAUUUCAAUCAGUCAGAGGAACCCCAUAUGAUUUCCUUAGACCCCAUACUGUCGGAAGCAGAAUCAAGCAGCUUCCUCGAACCAAUGGCUAUGACAUCAACUACGCGCUUGAUGGUGAAUAUGGAAAGAAAUUGAAGCUUGCAGCAAUAGUACAGGAUCACAAGUCUGGCAGAGUUUUGGAGCUGUCAACGAAUGCUCCUGGGUUGCAGUUUUAUACUGGGAAUUAUGUGAAGGAUGUGAAGGGCAAACGUGGGUGUGUGUAUGAGCCUCAUGCAGGGCUGUGUUUGGAGACUCAGGCCUUCCCUGACUCUGUGAAUCAUCCCAAUUUCCCUUCAACCAUUGUCACCCCAGAAAAGCCUUACAGACAUUAUAUGCUCCUUAAGUUUUCCACGAAAGCUCCGUACGGUUCUGAGGGUUAAGGUUUUGUCUUUCCGUCUCUCUCGAUGUACUUUACGUUGUUGUAUUGUUCUCUCAGGCAUUUCACUACCCCUGGGUUAUGUCAAACUCUGGUUCAGCAAAAUAAAGAGGGAAGAGAAAAGAUAAUAACAGGGACUUUGUUGUUGCUCUA